AUGGUUAUCAUCAUAUGUAACAAUGACUUCACAUUAUAUGUUUUUGCAGUGUCUAAGAUCUCUUUCAACAUUGAUGGUGUAAAAGGUUUCACUUACGGAGAAAUGGCACUUGCAACUAACAAUUUUCAUGCUUCCACUCAAGUAGGACAAGGAGGGUACGGGAAUGUCUAUAAAGGUAUUCUAGCUGAUGGCACAGUUGUGGCCAUAAAACGUGCACAAGAAGGAUCAUUGCAGGGUGAAAAGGAAUUUCUCACUGAAAUAGAACUGUUGUCAAGGUUACAUCAUCGGAACCUGGUUUCUUUGAUUGGAUACUGUGAUGAAGAAGGUGAACAGAAUUUCUUCGAGUCCACCACCACUGCCUCUCCUCUCACUGUUGUCCUCCCAUACACCACUGUCUCGAUCGUCUUCAUCUACAAUGUUGCAGUGAAGGAUCUCAAGCGUGGUUUUGUUGCAUCCAACUCAAAGGAUGAUCCAGCCAAGGAAGCUGCAAAUUUCACCUCCCAGGUUAUUAUUAUGAAUCACCCGGGUCAGAUUGGUAAUGGGUAUGCUCCAGUUCUUGACUGCCACACCUCCCACAUUGCUGUCAAGUUUGCUGAGAUUGAUCGUCGAUCUGGCAAGGAGAUUGAGAAGGAGCCCAAGUUCUUCCGUGAACAUGCUCUCCUUCCUUUUACUCUUGGAGUGAGGCAAAUGAUUUGCUGCUGUAACAAGAUGGAUGCUACCACUCCUAAGUACUCAAAAGCAAGGUAUGAUGAAAUUGUGCAGGAAGUCUCUUCCUAUCUGAAGAAGGUUGGUUACAACCCUGACAAAAUUCCUUUUGUCCCCAUCUCUGGUUUUGAGGGUGACAACAUGAUUGAGAGGUCCACCAACCUCGAUAUGAUUACACAGCCCAAGAGGCCAUCAGACAAGCCUCCUCUUCUCCACAUUCUUGAUAACACCAACAGCAACAGUUUGACGCAUUUAUUAGAGAAAAGGUCCAAAGGCAGCCCCUGUCAAAGCUGAUGCUCAGCAGGCUGU